AUGAUGAAAUUCGAGGGAGCAGAGAGUAUAUCUUUGGGAAAACUGCUGAGAAAAUUACUGUCUCCGAAGAUAAAGACGGUGAAUAAGCGAUUUCUUCCUGCGGUUGAUUCGGAGGAUGCAGCAAACACUAGCAGUAGCAGCAGGCAAUUAGAGAUAGUCUUCAAUUACAUGGACGAGAAUGGGGAUGAGAAGAUCUCGACAGCGGAGUUGCGUAGAUGUAUAAGAAUGGUGGGAAGCGAGUCGUCGGUGGAGGAGGAAGAGGCAGUCAGAUUCUCUGAUUUGGACGAAGACGGUUUUUUUGGACUCGAAUUAGUUCCAGGAUCUGGUGGAGGGAGAGGGCAGGAGCGUGGAGGAUACCAAGAGUGA